AUGCUCGGGUACAUCUUCUUCACCUUCUGGCGGCUGUUCCAGAUCGUCACGCUCAUUCCUACAUUGGGCAUGCUUGCAUACUUCGUCAGUGUCAACCAGAAAGCAAAUCGACUCAGCCCAGCCUCUAUCUUGACCCUCUUCAUCGUCUCCACCCUCGCAGCCGUAUGGGCGAUCGUCACUCUGUUCCGCCGCAAAUCUACCCAAAGAUCCACCCUCUAUGUCGCCUUCGUCGACCUCUGCUUCGUCGGCGCCUUCAUAGCCGGCGUCUACGAACUUCGCGGCAUCGCCAAAGCCAACUGCUCCAGCAUCAGUGAUAGUGGCCCAACAUACCUGAGCGUGGGAACCAAUGGGGUCUCGGGAUCGAGUGGAAUCUCAGCCAGUGUCAAGAGGGGCUGCGCAAUGCAAAAAGCGAGCUUCGCGUUCGGCAUCAUGAACUGCAUCUUCUUCUUCAUCACAUUCAUGAUCUUGCUCUUCAUGCACAGGACCAAGGAUGAUGAUAAUGUGCAGUACAAGACCGAGGUGACUAGGAGGAGGAGGAGUCAUGACUCGAGGCGCGGACAUUCACGCAGCGGUGGUGGCGGAUCAACUCAUCGAAGGAGCUCGAGGGAUAGCAGACGCUACUAUGUCUAA